AUGUCUAAUACAGCUGAGAUCUGGAGUGCCCUGGGGACUCCGGCGCGAGCUGCUGCUCGCAUUCUGCUAGCCCCGCGCUACUUGAUCAAUGGCUUUUCGCGCCUCCGUGAGUGGAACGACAAUGCGUGGGCGCGAACACGGUACGGGCCGUCGUAUCGCUACCGUCUGUGGCUGCUGUUUGAUGCGCGAGAUCUGGAGGUGCUGGAGCAUAUAAUCAAUGAGGGUACUGAUAAGGAGGUACUUGAGCUGCGAGAAGCAAAGUUGGAGCAGUUUAGGCUUGUGGCUUUGGUUGGCGCAUUGCUAGCAACAUUAGCACUCCAGGCAAUGUCGCUGCCUCAGCUUUCUGAUACGACGUUUAUUGUUCGUUCUUGCUUUACACAAGGCACUAUGCUCUCCCUACUCGCUACAUUCUUCACCUGCAUUCAGCAACGCGAACUAGGCUUCGUUCGCACCGCGUCUUCACUGCGUAUAUGGCUUUCCAACGGCGUCCAGUAUCGCGAUUCCCGUGAGCAUCUCGUAUGGCAGAGUUCGCUUGCUUCUCUAACGCUAAUGGAGGCGCCUUAUGAGCUGAUCUCGCUGGCUGUUACUAACUUCGUAUGCGGUAUGUCGGCAUAUAUGUGGAGCGCUUGGAAGGAUAAUCUGCCAGUGCAAAAGGAGGAGGAUGUAUUGCGGAGGAUCGCGGUGUUGGUGUAUUUUGCGGUUGGGACCGGCUUUGCUUUUACGCUUUUUCCUGUGCUGCUGGGGAGCAAGGAUGAGGAAGGGAAGCUUGGUUGUAUGGAGAUGGAUAGUUUAAUAGAUGGGCAAGGCCAUGAUCAAGGAAGGUGGGAUGAGGGAAGGGUAGAGGUUCAGCAUAAGAGGGCUCGGUAG